AUUAAUUUAUGAAAAUUGCUUUUGUAAAAAUCCAGCGAAAAUUCUUAGAAAGCUUCUGCAAGAAUCCAGGAAUGUUGAUCAACUAAAUAAAGUUAGAUGUAAAUUACAUUAAAAUCAGAUUAAGGGGAUCCGGCUACGAGGCGAUUACAAUUGGGAUAUUUGCGUGGACCUACACGAUCGGUCAAUGAUCGACGAUAGAGAUGGCGCUUCGACGAAUACGUCAGGGGGUCUGCGGAGGAAGAGGAGAGGGGAGGUUCGUUGCGGGGGUGCGCGAGCUAACGCAGCCUCAGUUCCGCAGCUUCAGUCAGGUCCCCGCCCGCCAACAAGGUGCUUGUAUAGCCGUGCGACAAUGAAAAACCAAGAAGACUCGUCCGAUUUGAGCGUCGAAAUUAUAGCAGAGUUUCAAGUCGCGAACAAUAACGCAUCAUUGCCAGCAGAACCGAAAAACGAGGCAGAAGACGCGGCAAAACCGGCUGCAUUGAAGGAAGAUAUCACCCUGUAUCUCAGCACGAUCACGGCCAUCGGCAGCAUUUUCAUCGCCUUGAGGCUUUUCAUCAUAAGACUUCAGAACUUUCCAAAUUACGUCAAGUUCGCGCGCAAGAUGAGCAGUCGCAAACACGGCACUGCUUCCACUGACCCGGCGCUAUCCUCAUUCAGACCCAACUGUCAUCAGGCCGAGCUGCGAACCGGCAAAAUACGACGAAUCAACGUCAACAAGUGCCCCAUGAAGAAGAAGAGGAGAAAGCUGAAGCUUCACAUGUUCAAGUGCGAGCAUCUGGCCAAACUGUUGCUGCUCGAAGCCUACGCCUCAACAACGCAAAGAGAGGAGGAAGAAAUUUUCCAAACGAUCACGGUGCAGGAGGGACUCGGUAUCGGCCGGUUGAUGUUGAAGAUGAUGAAUCACGACGAACAGGCCGCCGUUGAAGAACUCGGCCGGAAAACCGUCGACUUUAUGAAGCACAUCAUCGUCGAGAUUGAAAAUCAUUAUGUUCGAAAUGGUUUUAAGCUCUAGGCAGUAGAGAGGACUUUUCAUUUGCAAUGUAACAGUGUCGUGUCUAUUUGAGUUUUGUAUUUUUAUUUCCCGACUCGAGAGUGAAAAUGUAGUAUAGUUUUUGAUAUGGCAUAAUUGAGCGAAACGGUCGAUUCUCGCGCGAGUGUGAGUUUGCGGGAAUGACGCGAUUGGAGAAUCAUAAUAUGCGUAAAAUUGAUAUUUGUGCACGGAGCACGUUGAAGAAGGUAUAGUUGUAAUUGUAUUUUAUGUAACAUGUGACGCGCUACGACUCUUGAUAAUUUUAAAUGUGUGAAAUCUCAACUAUAUAUGUUUUGAAGCAGUUAAUAAAGCAAUUUGAUUGGCUGAGACACAGAUAUCCGGUUUGAAUAUUGUUCCGAUUUUAAACUUCUAACGUUAUGAAAAUUGGGCGCGCGUUGGAUUUAUAGCUAUAGUAUGUUAAAUGUGUAAUCGUAUCCAGAUUUUAAGCACGUCGUUAAGAUAUAUUCCAAUAAAUAUGUAAAUUUUGUUACGUAUUUGCAAGUUAAAAUAAAAUUCGAAAAAGCUAA